GCUCCUGUGUGGUCCACCUUACUCGUCUUCUUUGCUUCUAAUUAAUGGUGCUUUCCGCCUUCGGCAACCAUCAACGCUUGUAUUGAGGGCGGACUCACUCGUCCCUCUUUUCCUUUCCUUCGGCCACAAAAUAAUGGACAGUCUAACAAGUGCGCAUAAAAAGGUCGUCCGAGCUUUAGGCAUCGCCUGCGCAACACUUCAUGGCUCGUUUCCGUGGGCUACGGCACUAACGGUCGUUGGCGCACACAGCCAUUAAUUCGCCUCAUGUGCAUAUGCUUGAAAUCCGUUCUUGUCAGUAAUACGUACGUGCGAAACUGCUUUGAGCAUGGCUUACCGAACCUAGUAGCCACCACUGAAGCUUAUGGAGUCAUUUGGAACUUUUGUUUAGUUAUGGAUCCGCUAAUGCAAUACAGCCACAGCACCGUCAACGUCAGACGUGGUCUACACACUCCAUCGAACGCCUUCGAAUACAACAAGAAGCAGGUACGCUCUCGCUCGUUGAAAAGUUGUGGCUGGCAUGGUGCGACCCCGAUCAAGCACCCGAUCGGGGCGCGCUUACGGAGUCCCAUUGUUGUGGGCGCCUACACAACGUGUGAUCGGCUGGUCUUCCGGAUUAGGGAACAGACAAUUGUGUGUGCGGGCGUCUGAGAGGUCCGACCUCUAUUGUGCUCGAAACAAAAGAGGUUGGAGUGGAUUGUGCUAUUGUCAUAAGCAAUGCCCGCCAUGGAACACACACACCGAGUUUUCCCUCUUUCUUCGUUCCCUUCACCCACUAUCUUUUGCAGUUAUGCGUCGUCCGACGAGCCUCGUCGUCGACACGUCUUCAACGACCUUGAAUGCAACGAGCUCGACGACCACUUCACCUGAUGCCUCUACCACCAAACUCCCAAUCUCUGCCGAUUCAUCGUCGCAUACAGUCAAUCUUCCUUCCCCAAAUGAGCCACCCACACCAUCACUACCACAACCAUCUAUCCGUCUGCUCUUCUCGCUCGUUCCAAGACGAGAUUUCUUCAUUAUCGUCCUUCCAGCGAUUAUCACCUCAAUGGUCUCGGGAGGCAUCGCGCCUUUCAUGACCCUUGUCGUAGGCCAAGUCUUUGAUGCGCUUUCCAAGUUCCCGAUCACGUCCAACCCACCAGAGUCCGCUAAGCAAGAACUUCUGCAUGAUGUCGGCAUGACUGCCAUUGAACUGGUUGCACUCGCGGUCGGAGCUCUUGCCUUAAGCAGUUUGACAUCAAGUCUCUGGAUAUGGACCGGUGAGCGCAACCUUCUCGCCGUCCGCAAACAGGUGUAUGCCGCCGUCACUCGUAAGGACAUGAUCUGGUUCGACACCAAAAUGGGCGAGGAAAAUUCCGUACAAACCACCGAGGGCGAUGGACCCGUCGGCGCUGGAGGUCUCAUGGCCAAGUUUGCCAGAGAUACCGAUGAUGUCCGAAUGGCAUCUUCACUGGCUUCGGGAAUGCUCGUUCAAUACUUGACGACAACCAUUACCUGCCUCAUUCUCGCUUUUGUCCGUUCCUGGUCACUGACGCUAGUAAUCCUCUCUGCGGUACCCCUCAUGAUGUUUAUUCAAGCGCUUUCCCAAGCCUUCGUCGGUCCCAAUUUGAACAACGAACGUACGCAUACAGCGGCUGCUGCGACGUUGGUCGACCGCGCUGUCUCCGCGAUCUCGACGGUCAAAGCAUUCAACGCAGAACUGCACGAGGCCGAGAAUAUCGGUGCAAUCCUUGACAAGCUUCAAUCUGCUGCAAACAGGUGUAUCACUGUUUGGGGUAUCACCGCAAGUCUUUCCCAAUUCGUCAUGAUGGCCAUGUUCGUGCAAGGAUUCUGGUUUGGCUCGAAGCUGGUGCGCGAGGGCGCGAUCAGCGUUGGCGAUGUGACAGCCGUAUUCUGGGCGUGUCUCAUCGCAUCGAGCAACCUUCAGAUGUGCAUUCCUCAAUUCAUCGUCUUUGCCAAGGGUAAAUUUGCAAUGGCAUCUCUCGUCGCCCUUAUCGAGUCCUCUGCAUCUCCUGGUGCUGGUCGUUCCAGCUCUUCCGUUCGCACUUCUCCCAGAAAGUCCCGCCGUACAGUCGAGUUACGCAAGAUCAUCCCUGCGAACUGUGCCGGAGGACUGGAGUUGAUCGAUGUCACUUUCGCUUACCCUUCUCGUCCUACGAUGCCAGUUCUCCACGACAUCAACCUCUUCCUCCCAGCAGGCGAAACAACUUUUGUCGUUGGCGGAUCUGGAUCGGGCAAGUCUACUAUUGCGCAACUCCUUCUCCGGAUGUACGACAUCCAGGAAGGCAUGAUCCGUCUGGACGAACAAGACAUGGCUUACCUCGACGAGGACUGGACCCGCCAACACAUCUCCGCCGUCUCGCAGAAUUGCAUCCUCUUCGACAUGACCGUGCACGAGAACGUCGCGAUGGGGCUUGCCGGACCUGGAAGCAAGCGCAGACCGGAAGACGUCACUCGCGAAGAAGUCAUCGCGGUGUGCAGGGCUGCGUUGAUGCAUGAAUUUGUCAGGGAUUUGCCUGAUGGCUAUGAUACUAAACUUGGUAAUGGCGGAGCAAACUUGAGUGGAGGCCAGAAGCAAAGAUUGGCUAUUGCGCGUGCGUUGUUGCGAAACCCGACUGUCCUUAUUCUCGAUGAAGCCACGUCCGCGCUGGACGCGACGUCCCGCCUCCUCGUGUUCGAAGCCAUCAAGACAUGGCGACGAAACAUGACCACCAUCGUCAUUACCCACGACCUUUCCCAAAUCACAUCCGAAGACUUCGUCUACGUGUUGAAGGGUGGUGAACUCGUCGAACAGGGCUUCCGAGAGGACCUCGAGAAGAGUUCUGAUAACGAGUUUUUCAGGAUGGCUAACGUCCAAAACGCCUCUGGCGGAUUCCUUCCGGAGCGAGAUCCUCGGGAGGAUGAACCUGCAUUGGAUGCUAUCCUUGAGCAGCAUGAGGCUGAGAGGGAUAAGGAACUUGAGGCUGUAGGGUUCAACAGGUUAACGCUUAAACAUCAAAGCAUCUAUCGUCCUAUCACUAUGGGCAAUUGGAUGCUCGAUGUUGUGGCGGAUUUGACCCGACCUACUGCUACUGCUGAUGUUCCUACCAUUGGAGCACCUCGCCAACCACACCGAACCAGUCGUUUCAUCCCCGCUGAAGCGACUGAGGUCGCCGAAAACCCUUUCAAGGACAAUCGUCGAACGUUGCAUAUCACAGUUCCUUCCACGCCUUCCCCUGUCGCCAUUGCUGGUGCUGCUAACCGCCGCCUUAGCUUGCCCUUCACACCCACUUCACCCACUUCCGGGUUCAGCCGCUCCAGCACUUCAUUGUUGUCUCCGACUCUGAUCGACGAGGACGAGUUCUUUUCGGAGAAAAAUGGAUUCGAACGAUUAGGUCGUCGUACGACGAGAAGACGCUUGACCGAUGCUUCUGAGAAGCUGCUGCCCAUGAAGCCUGUUCGUGCCAAGUGGGACGAAGCUGUUUUGUCCUCAGUGAAGGUUGAGGGAUCUAACAAUAAUGAGGAGACCAAGGAAUCCCCGGCUGGACCUCAGGUUUCCUUCCUCCAACUUAUGCGCGAUAUCUAUCCUACCAUCCCUAACAAACCUCUCAUUCUCCUGGGUCUCCUCAUCUGUCUGGCUAGCGGCGCCAUGACUCCCGUUUUCUCCUACCUCCUUUCUCGUCUUCUCUUCGAAGUCUCUAUCGGUGCCAAGAACGUGUCCUUGAUCAACACCUACGGCGGGAUCGUUCUUGCCGUCGCUGCCAUCGAUGGUCUCCUUCUGGGCCUCAAGUACUUCAUCAUGGAGUACGCGGCUAUGAAGUGGGUUACUCAGAUUAGGAAGAUAUGCCUCAAGCUUGUGCUCUCUCAGGACAAGAAAUGGUUUGACAAGACGGAAAACAGUUCUGUGAGGUUGAUGCAAAUCCUCAUCAAGGAUGGUGACGACGCACGAUCGCUCAUCGCUACCGUUCUAUGCCAAUGUUUCGUCGUCCUCGCCAUGCUCGGAAUUGGUCUUAUCUGGGCUCUGGUUGUGGGUUGGCAAUUGACUCUCGUCGGUCUUGCCUUCGCACCGGUAUUCUCCCUCGCCAUGACUGUUCAGACAAACUUGGUGGCCAAGUGUGAGGUUCGCAACAAGCGUGCACGUGAAGACGUCGCUAAGGGUUACUACGAUGCUAUUUCUAACAUCCGUGGUAUUCGUGCUAUGGGCUUCGAGUCUGCCUUCCAGGAGAAGUUUGACAAGUCCGUGGAUGACGCCCUCUUGACAGGAGUGCGAGGUGCCUUUGUCGAAGGCUGCACCUAUGGUGUGGCCAGUGCACUCAUCUAUUUUGCUGAAGCACUUUUGUUCUAUGUCGGUGCCGUAUUGAUUGCGGGCGGCACCUAUGAUUAUCUCCGUAUGAUUCAAGUCUUGAACUUGAUCAUAUUUACUGUCUCUAUUGGUUCUCAACUGAUGGCAUUCACUCAACGAAUCGCCAAGUCCGUCCAGGCGACGCGCGAUUUCAAUACCCUUGUUAAGCUCUCCACCGAUACCGAGGAAUCUCGUGGAACCUUCGAGCCCACCAUUGCCGGCAACGUUGCCUUCAACCACAUUUCCUUCUCAUACCCCGAACGCCCAGACGUACCCAUCCUCAAAGAUCUUUCAGUUGAGAUCGGCGACAGCGAAUGCGUCGCUAUCGUUGGUGCAUCAGGGUCCGGCAAAUCCACUAUGGCCGCACUCCUCCAGCGACUAUACCAACCCAACUCUGGAUCUAUCACCAUCGGUCUGAACGAGCUCAGCAUGACUGACGUCCACCACCUGCGUAACCACGUUUCAGUGGUUAGCCAAUCGCCCAACCUCUUCGAUUGCUCGAUCGCGGAGAACAUUGCGUACGGCAACAAGUCGCUCUCUGAUGCGGAUAUCCGUGCUGCAGCCAAGGCAGCUCACGUUCACGAUUUCAUCAUGUCUCUCCCCAAGGGCUACGAUACCGCAGUCGGCGAAAACGCGUCUUUGAUCUCUGGUGGACAGGCACAACGAUUGCAGAUUGCUCGUGCUUUGGCUCGACCGGCGAAGAUUCUUAUCCUUGACGAGUGCACAUCGGCUUUGGACCCUCAGAACCAAGCUGCCGUGAUGGAGACUAUCAUGGACGCCAAGGUCGGACGGACGACGCUUAUGGUGACACAUAAGCUUCCGGUUAUGCGGAUGUGCGAUCGGAUUUUGGUGGUGCAUGAGGGCACUAUCGCUGAGGAGGGCACAUACGAUGAGCUCAUGCAACGACGCGGCAUCUUUGCACAACUCGCUAGUGGUGGAGAGUGGAUGGAUUGAUUCCACCCUUUGGCUUCUUCUCAUUUCUUUCCUUUGACAAUUUUCUUUUUCACUUUCUCUGCAGUUUCGUUCCAACUACCUCAGGAUUUUUCGGUUAUUAGGAUGCGUGUGCGGUGCUUAGUGCCACCGUUGCAGCGUCAUCUACUCUACUUUCGACUUUCACGAUUUUGUUUAUUUCAUCAUCUAUCUUCAUGACCGCAUUGUAAAAGUAUAUCCUGCAUCCUUUUGUAUCAUUUAGAACAAUCAAUGACAAUGACGAUUCUAAUGC